AUGGUCGCCAGAAAGAGAGCAUACAACGUAAUAAACCGACUUGCUAAAGAACCAGAGAAGCUUAAGAUAUACGGUAACAUAAUCAACGACCAACAAAAUCGAGGUUUUAUAGAGAAGGUGGAGACCCCGGAUGAGACUACUAAUCGAAUACAUUAUAUUCCGCACCACCAAGUGAAAAAAUAUUCAUCGACUACACCAAUACGUAUAGUAUGUGAUUGCAGUUGUCGUCAAGAUUCAGAAUCACCCAGCUUAAAUGAUUGCCUUUCUUCUACACCGCCGCAGCUUAAUAAGCUAACAGAUAUACUUACAAGAUUCCGCUACGGGAAGUACGCCUUAACAACUGAUAUUGAGAAAGCAUUCCUCCAGAUUGGACUACACGAAGAAGACCGCGAUUCCACCCGAUUUUUCUGGCUUAGAGAUCCAAGCAACCCCAAGAGUGAACUUGAGACUUACAGAUUCAAGGUAUUUUUAUUCGGAGCGACAUGUUCGCCAUUUAUUCUUAACGCGUCAUUAUUGAAACAUUUAUCAACGGUUACAAGUGCUACAGUUGAGAUACUCAAGCGAGAUUUGUAUGUAGACAACGUACUUACAAGUGUUAAUACGGAAGAAGCCGCCUUAAAUUUCUUUGUAAAAUCUAGAGAACUCAUGACAAAUGCAGGAUUUAAUUUGAGAACAUGGAAGUCAAAUAGCAAUCAACUUAGCAACGAAGCUACAAAGGCAAACGUACUUGAUACGGAUAUCGAGACGAAAAUUCUUGGGAUGCGUUGGGAUGCGAAGUCAGACAUACUGACAUUUGCGAAAUUAAAUGAAGAUCGUAUAGAUAUUGAUGAUUCACAAGCGACAAAGAGAGAAAUAUUGAGUAAAUCAUCGUCAAUUUACGACCCACUCGGAAUUCUUGGACCAGUGACCGUAAGAGCUAAGCUACUGGUACAAACAUUAUGGAAAGAAGGAUACGAUUGGGACCAGGUGUUGCCUAGCAACAUAGUUAAAUCAUUGUAUGAAAUUUUAGAUGACAUCCGAGAUGUAACAGUUAAUACGAAAAUCGCACGACAUUAUUUCAACGAUCAAAAUGAGAACGAAAGCAACGAGAAAAUCACAUUACAUGUCUUUGUUGAUGCCAGCCAACGCGCUUAUGGAGCCAGUGCCUAA